AUGACGACAUCAUUCGCCGAUCGCGAAGACCCUACCACGCUCGUCCUAUUUGACGUCGAUGGCACUUUGACGCCAGCUCGCCAGACUAUUGAGCCUUACAUGCGCGAGCUGCUUGAGAAGCUUCGCAAGAAGGUUGUAAUUGGCUUUGUUGGCGGCUCCGAUCUCGCCAAGCAAGUUGAACAGCUUGGCCCUAACGUUAAAAAGGAUUUUGAUUUCUGCUUCUCCGAAAACGGCCUGGAGGCGUACAAGGCUGGUGUUGCUAUCGAUACUGAGAGUUUCAUCACUUUUGUUGGUGAGAAACCUUACAACGAGCUAGUCAAGUUCGUUCUCCGCUACUUGGCCGAUAUCGACUUGCCCAAGCGACGUGGCACUUUUAUCGAGUUCCGCAAAGGGCUGGUCAACAUCUCGCCUAUCGGACGUAACGCUAGCAUUGAGGAGCGCAACGAGUUCGAGGCCUACGACAAGCAACACAACAUCCGUCCUGCCAUGGUCGAGGCCAUCAAGAUGGCCUUCCCGGACCUGCCUUUGACCUACUCCAUCGGUGGUCAGAUUUCGUUCGACGUGUUCCCUACUGGUUGGGACAAGACUUAUUGUCUCCGCCACGUCGAGAAGGAGGGUUUCAAGACCAUUCACUUCUUUGGCGACAAGACCGCCAAGGGCGGCAACGACUACGAGAUCUACCACGAUCCUCGGGUUACUGGCCAUGCCAUCAACAACCCGCAUGAGACUGCUGCUGAGCUCGAGAAGCUUUUCUUUUAA